AUGGCCGCGAAAUCACUAGAUGGUGUCAACGGCACCAAACCAGCGGGGUUCGGAGGCAAUCCUGACUUUGAAGCCGCCAUCAUCGGAGCGGGAUUCUCUGGACUUCGUAUGCUCUACGAGUUACGCCGCAUUGGAGUGUCAGCCAAAAUCUUCGAAACGGGUUCGGAAGUGGGAGGGACCUGGUACUGGAACAACUAUCCUGGAUGUCGGACCGACUGCGAGAGCUGGGUUUAUGCCCUGAACUGCUCGAAGGAGCUAUGUCAAGAAUGGACCUGGUCGGAACGCUAUCCUCGCCAGCCCGAAGUGAAGAAAUACUUGAAUUUUGUCGCCGAUCGAUUUGAUAUGCGUAAAGACAUUCUUUUCAAUAGUCAGAUCAAGUCAGCACACUUUGACGAGGACAAGAACGUCUGGAAUCUUGAAACCAGCAAAGGUGAAAAAUACUCGAGCGUUUUCCUGAUCCUCGGCACCGGGCUCUUGUCAUCUGCCAAACAGAUACCGUUUCCGGGUUAUGAGUCAUUCAAAGGGGAAUGGUAUCAAACCUCGUCCUGGCCCAAAGACAAGGAGGUCUCCUUCAAGGAUAAACGCGUUGCAGUUGUUGGUACGGGUGCUACAGGAGUACAAAUCGUCCCUGUGGCAGCCCAUGUGGCCAAAUCUGUCCAUGUUUUCCAACGAACACCAAAUUAUAUCUUGCCGGCGAGGAAUUAUACGGUGACCAAAGAACACGCCACCGAGAUCAAACGGAACUACGAUGAUAUCUGGGCUUGUGCUAGGGGUCAGGUCUUUGGACUGGAUAUCCCUCCGACGGGGCGACUAUAUGCCGACGUCAAAGAUGAUCCGGAAACCGUCCAAAAAGCCUUUGAUGCUGGCUGGGAGGCAGGAGGCUUCAACUUUGUCUUUGAAACCUUUGACGACCUAUUCACCAGCGAAGAGUGCAACAAAGCCGCAUGUGACUUCUUGAGAAACAAGACCAGAGCGAUCGUGAAGGACCCAAAGACUGCGGAGAAGCUGAAUCCAGACUACGCCCUCUUCUCUAAGCGGCCUCCUCUGGGACAUCGCUAUCUCGAAUCUUUCAACAGACCAAAUGUUCAUCUUGUGGAUAUCAAAGAAAGCCCAAUCCGAGAGAUCACGCCAAAGGGUAUUCGUACUAGUACGGACGAGUACGAAUUUGAUAUUAUCAUCUAUGCCAUUGGCUUUGACGCGGUGACGGGUCCGAUCACGGGCAUGGAUAUCCGUGGUCGCAAUGGCCGAGCAAUUGCCAAAGAGUGGUCUACAAAGAUCGACACCAUGCUCGGAAUAGGCAUUGAAGGUUUCCCGAACCUAUUCAUGAUGUCCGGACCAAAAGGCACCUUUAGCAAUUUCCCUAUGAUCAUCGACACGACUGGUACAGAAAUAGGGAAGAUGAUAAACUAUCUGAGAGAAACGGGCCAACAGACGAUUGAACCAACCAAGGAAGCUCAAGACAACUGGAACGAACUGUGCGAACAGCUGUACGGUGCCACCGUCAUGUCUAAAACAGCGGAAAAGGUAGGAUCGUGGUUCACGGGCGCCAAUAUUCCCGGAAAGCCCACCGGAACACUCUACUAUUUUGGAGGACUGCAGAACUACAUUGCAGAGUGUCAAAAACAGUCAUCUGCAGGGUUUCCAGGAUUUGUGUGCGCUCGCUAG